UCUGGCCAUUUAGACAUAACUGUAAAAGCUUUAUUAAGCCCCCUCUCUAUCAAGCCCCCUCUCUAUUCAGUCCCCCCUUAUCAAGCAAAAACUUUAAAUAAACACCCCUCUCUAUCAAGUCCCCCCUCCAAGUAGCCUUUGAUGUCAAACAUAGAAGUCAUGCGCAUUUAGUGGGUCUCUUUACGGGUGUGAUGAUGAUAAGGUUGUGUGCAUUAAAUACGGCCUAUGUAAAGACCAACUUGUGUGACUUGGUAGUCAGUCAAAAUUUGUUUUGAAGAUGUCCAAGACCAACUUGUGUGACUUUGUAGUCAGUCAAAAUUUGUUUUGAAGAUGUCCAAGGGUUAUCCUGAUGAAGUUGAUGAAGACGAGGACCUCAUAAUUGAUUGAUUAAACUUUGAUAUGAUUUGUAUGACAUUUUCAUAAAAAAAUGGUUAAGGGUAUUUUUAUAACUUUUUUUUGCUUCAAAUUUUUGAUAAGCCUCCUCUCUCUAAUAAGCCCCCUCUAGGACUGAAAAAAUAAAUAAGCCCCCGGGGGGCUUAAUGGAGCUUUUACGGUAUCUAUGAGUUUCUAAUUCAGUUACAUGCAGUAAAAUACAUACUACACUGUCAGUAUUUCCAAUAUUAAAAUAUCCAAGAAUAUAGUAUUCCAGAAACCCUAUCAUUUCCUACCUAAAAAUAUCAAUUUCUUUCUGGAAGGGCUGACCCUUGCAUUGCCGUAUCCACAAACCCACAGUGUUUUGCCACUGUGUAACGUUUCCAAACAAAACUCAAUGCAUUCUUUGAAAUCAGAUAUUCCUUUACUGCCGCUAUUUUCCUGAAUUGUCACAUAUGACAAGAAGUUAAAAUCAUUGUAAAUUGAAGAGGAUCGGCUUGGCUUAAUCUAGGAAAUCCAUCACAAAUCCAUUGGUCUAAGUUGGCUCCUAUUAUGGUCUCUGCCCUUAAGCAUUUGUCAUAUGUCUGCCAAUCGAGCAUUUAUGAGAACGUUAACCAGUUUAGCUCCAAGCAUUGCCUGACAAAAGUUACCAUCGUCGCUUGUGCCCACUGAGUCUGACAUGCAAGAUCCGUUUUGGAAUAAAUCAACGUUUUGAACCAUUUGACUAUUGACAAAUGACACGUGGCGGAUAGCUGUUUUUAAUAGGGUUUGCAAAUCUCCACUAGAUCUCAAUUCUCAGAGGAAAUAUUCUGUUUCGGAAAACUCGGGAUAACUCGGGAUAACUCGGGAUAAAUAAGCAGAAACAGACUGCCUUCUAGAUGGCACUUUUUGCCACUGAAAUAUAUAACAACCCAAUCAAUAUGUCUCAAGUAAAUGGAACCAAUGAAACAGUGACCAAUGCUGGUAAUGGGAAUUUGGCAUUUGGGAUUUUUGUUGAAUUCAUAUUCCUGUGGACGUUAAUUGGAAAUAUCAUUAUCAUAUCUGUUCUAAAACUGUACAAGCCGCUGACAAUCCCAGACAUCUUGGUAUUUUCUUUGGCAUUAUCAGAUCUUCUAAACGUGUUGCUGCCUGCACAGAUGUUAAACCUGAUACAGUCAAGACUGAUCCAAGCGACGUGGAAUGAAUCGAUCUGUAUUGCUUUCACAUGGUCUGUUCACUGCCUACGUCUAUCGUCCGUUUUAACUGUUUCAGUUAUAGCAGUCGACCGUCUGCUCGCUAUACGAAAGCCUCUGGUUUAUCGUUCAAGAGUUAUGCAUGAAAUAAAUCGUGUUAAAGUACUCAUUCUGCUUCUCUGGUUAUUCAGCUGCUUUACAGCAUCACUACCGUAUAUGGGACAGACCCAUUCGCCUUUCAAGAACAAGGAAUGCCAUUACCAGCUGUAUGAUCUUGGAAUAACCUAUGGGUUUUUCGUAGAGAUUGUUGGCUUGUUGCAAUUAGUUCUAGUCUUGUAUUGUUAUAUUGCCAUUCGCAUUUCAACUUGGCACUUUAUGCAGAGACAGGGGAAGUUUCGAAGACAACAACUAGACAGGAUGACCUCAAAUCCUAGUGAUUCUGUUAAGGAUCAAGCAAAAAGAGCUGCGAAAAAUGCCCAGAUGAAGAAGCAACUUUCACGUACAGCUUUGACCAAAUCAAAUAGCAAUUGCGUUGACGAAGAGAGCACAAAGGUGGAGUCUACAACAAAGGUGGGCUCUCUGAAAAAGCAUUUUGGAUCUAAGCGAAAAGAUAAUGGUGUUCCUAUGCUAACUGAGGGUAUGAAGCAAGUAGCGAAAAUGGAGAAGAUGAUGGCAGUGCUGGUUCUCCUGUUUUAUAUAAGCUGGCUUCCAUUCCUGGGAAGCAACCUUUUUUCUCUAGUUACUGGAAAAUCAAAUCAAAAUGUCAUCAGAGUUAUUGGAGUGUUUUCCUUGAUUAACGGAUUUUUAAAUCCAAUAGUCUAUGCGACAAUCUACCCAAGAUACAAGAAAGGAUACAUCUUUGCGUUUCAAACGAUUCUUAGAGUUUGCGGCGGCCGAAAACCGACCCUGACGACAGCAGAUUUUAAUUCUUCUAAAAUUGGCAGAUCAAGGCGACUGCGAACAUUGCGAGAACUGAAGUCGAAUGCCAGUAUGACAUCAACAGCCACCUUAAAGGAAGAUGAAACACCUUAUCAUCGAGACAUCGAGCGGAAUAAAAUUGUAAAUGAUGUGAUCUUGGAAGAGCUUCCGCCAGAAUCGAGGACUGUGAAAAACUUGAAAGGGAGCAAUGAAAAUCCAUGCAAUAUUGAAAAUGAGUCAGGAUGUAUUUCAAAUGAGUUUACGGACAAUAAUGGUAACGCUUUUACUAGCAAUAGGGUUUUAUCGCCCAGAGGCGUGCGUCUAACUGACUGUGUUGAGAAAAAUGAAGAAAAUCAUGCUCUCGCUGAACAUGUAACUGUAGAAAAACAAUCUGUUGAAGUGAAUAUUUUUUGCAGCAAUCCAAAACGAGACCACACAACAGAGCCUCGUGAUGAUCAGAACACAUUUACGUUGCCUCAUUCUACAAAUAGUGAAUGUAUGACAGUAGCUAAGGGUGGUGUUUUGUGUAUGACCAACGAUGAACUUGAUCCAGACAGAAAGUCUUCUCCGAUCAACUUUUUGCCAAGUAACUUAGACUCACAUUAUCACAGCGUGGAUGAUUCGUCGUCUGUUGUAAAUAGACUUGCCAAACUUAGCACUCCUCUCCAUCAGCAAGGAGACAGUGACUCUGUCACUACGCACCAGCUUGGUAUACAAAACGACGGUUUCACUUGAAAUUUUAACUUCCAUAUUAUUUAAAUUACAUUAAAUCUUUCAGCCUAUUUCUUUUUUGCAAGUUUCGAAUGAGGUUGAGCAAUGUUGUUUUUUAUAAAUCGCAAUUUUCUAACAUAUCUUCAAACAGGCGUUUAGAAAGAGGAUCAAAUAUUCAGGCCUUUUUGCAUUCUCUGUUUGUCCCCUUCUUUAUUCACAGAUGUGUAUUUUAUUUAGUAUUGUUCAAACGAAAAAAGAGAUAAUAGGCAAACAUCUCUACUAGUGUAUUUUUGCAUAACAAGUUUUUGCAUUCUUUCCUUGGCAUUUUACUAAAAAUAUUUGUUCGAACAUGAAGGAAAAUUAUAGUUGUUUUGAAAGAGGCUUCGAUUAAAGAUCAAUUUCAAAUCUGAGUUACAAAUCAAAAAAUAAACUGUUUUUUUAUCCACUUUGAUUUCCAGUUUUCAUUACACAACACCUUAUUUAAGUAAGCGACGAGGGUCAUCUGUGUAUUUACAUGAUUAUCUAUAUUAAAUUUGGGCUAAUCAUAAACAAAGCAAGAAAAUUGAGAUCAAAGCUCCCCACCCUCUCCCUCCUAUGGCUUGGGCCUUGGUUGUUAUACACACAUAAGUAUUUUAUCUUUUCUUUGCGUUGAAUAUUAUUCAAACAGAAGGAAAUAAAAAUUGUAACUGUGUUUAUACUUUUUGCUUUAUGUGAUUUACCUUGUAAGUAUUGCUUAUUAUAACUUUGCAAGAAAGACAUUUUAAACUAGAAAGCGUUUUAUAAUCUUGAUAUUUAACAGGAAAUGUAAUAUUGUAGAUAAUGUCAAUGUAGCAAUGUACUUUUUUCUUAUCAAUAACGCAUUUUAUAUGAUUUCCCGUUUUCUGACAUCUUUUCUUUACAGAAACAAGCAAAUUGUGCUAAGCUUAAUAAAUAUAGGAUGCAAUUCUACCCAUGACUUUUCCAUUAUUAGUGCCUAUGACAUACGAGCUGCAAACGUUAUUCCCACGCUUUGUUACUUUCUGAACAUAGAAUAAAAG